AUGGGUCGCGUCGACGAGUUUGCGGCGCAUGCAUUUGAUUACCUGAUCGUCGGUGGAGGGACCGCAGGCUUGGUGCUAGCGGCGCGUCUGAGCGAACGCCCUGACAUCGUGGUCGGGGUAAUCGAAGCCGGCCCUGUGGCCUUGGAUGAGAAAGCAAUUAACAUUCCAGGUCUUUACGGUUCGACGAUCGGGUCUCAGUAUGACUGGCAAUUUGAAACGGUGCCUCAACCAGGACUGUCAGGUCGGAAACUGCCCUGGCCUCGGGGCAAGGUACUUGGCGGCACCAGUGCCCUGAACUUUAUGGCAUGGAAUCGUGGGAACAGAGAGGACUACGAUGCUUGGAGGGAGUUGGGUAACCCAGGAUGGGGCUGGGAUGAUCUGUUGCCGUACUUCCAACGUUCUGAGACUUUCCACCCUCCCGACGUUAUUCACCAACAGCAGUACCGUUCCUAUUACCAGGAGGAAGCACAUGGGAGUGCUGGACCCCUUCACACAGCGCAUAUCCAGAACUAUGGCCCAACGCACCGGUUUUGGCACGCGACGCUCAAUGCGGUCGGCGUGGAUACCAGUCCAGACAGCCUUGCCGGGUCAAAUAGAGGAGCGUGGAACAUGAUUUGUACCAUGGAUCCCAUCAACCAAACCCGGAGUUACUCGGCGAAUGCCUACUAUCAGCCUAUUGCGGCACGACCGAACUUGGUGCUGCUUACAGAAGCCAUGGUGACAAAAGUACUAAUCGAGAAGGAUGAUAACACCGACCGGUGGGUCGCGACGGGAGUCAACAUCCUCUGCGAUGAUGAGGAAAGGGAGGUCAACGCAGCAAGAGAGGUUCUCCUCUCGGCGGGAAGUGUUCAGUCUCCACAGCUUCUGGAGCUGUCUGGCGUUGGCCAUGCCGACGUCCUGAGGUCUGCUGGAAUUCCUGUCAAGAUUGAAAAUUCGAAUGUCGGAGAGAACCUUCAGGAGCAUAUGAUGACGGCCACGAUCUUUGAAAUUCCGCCUGAGAUGCCCACCCGGGAUGAGCUAUUGCAGGACUCAGCGCUUCGGGAGGCGGCCAGUCGAGAGUAUGAAGGCUCUAAGUCCGGGCCAUGGACGAUUCUUCCGUGCUCGAUCGCAUAUUGUUCAUUGACCCAGAUCAUCGGUCAAGAGGAACUGGAAGGUCUCCGGUCGAGAGCGGAGUCAUUGGCCAAACAGACAGGCAAAAAGCGAGACGAGAUCCUAGCCCGCCAAUUCCAGGAGGAUGCUAACUUGGGUCAGCUCGAGUAUCUCUUCGAUGUCGGGAACUGGAGUCCAUACUGCACAUCCGAAGAGGGCAAGAAAUACGGUACGAUGCUGUUGAUGCUGCAGUAUCCCUGGUCCCGAGGGUCAAUCCACCUGCCACCCAAGGACCCGGGCCUCCGUGCGACUAUCCAUGACAAGCCAAUGAUCGACCCACGAUACUACCUUGGUCAUGGAGCGUUAGACCUCGAGGUUAUGAAGAUCGGCCAGCGCUUGACGGAGCGAAUCUGCGCCACGAAGCCACUCUCGGACAUCAUUCGCUCCCGGGUAUUUCCUCCGAUGCCUAAUUCCGACGCACCAGUCGGCAUGGACGAAUAUGACGGGUUUGUGCAGAACUAUACGAUCACUGACUGGCAUCCGAUCGGAACCUGCGCGAUGGGAGGCUUGGAAGGGGAGAAGUCCGGCGUGGUCGAUGACCGUCUACGGGUGUACGGUAUAACCAACCUGCGUGUGGUCGAUGCCAGCGUCAUGCCUCUCCAAGUCAGCGCACAUAUUCAGGCGACGGUAUAUGCCAUUGCAGAGAAGGCUGCCGAGAUGAUCAUCGAGGAUAUGGAUGCAAAGUUGGGCCCAUAA